CGGGCGGAAGAGAACGGAGCGAGUCAGCGGGUGGCCGAAAAGAAGGGAGAGGGGGGGCGGAGAAAGGAGCCGUCGAGGAAACACCUGCGCUGGCUUGCGUGUUUUGGAAGAAGCCGUCCCGCCUGACGUUUUGUCGAAGCCGACCAAGGAGCAGCUUUGCACUCAGCCUCCUUCCUUCUCGCUCCAUCCUUGGAUUCCUCGGACGCCACCGGGGCCGCGCAUCUUCCUCCUCCUCGGGGCCCCUUGCCGGUGAAAGCGUGUCGUCGUCCCUCUUCCUCCGUCUUCAUCAGCAGAGCGCGUCGCCAUGUCGCCGCCGCCGCCGUUCCCCCCCGCCGUCCGGCUCCUCUUCCUCCUCCUCCUCCUCAUCUUGCUGGUCCUUCCGCACGCCGCCGCCGUGGGCGUGAGCGCCCCCUGCCCCGCGAGCUGCCGAUGUUACAGCCUGACGGUGGAGUGCGGAUCCACCGGCCUCCUCGCCUUACCCGAGCGAGUGCCCGCAUCCACGCAGACGCUGUUCCUGCAGGACAACGCGAUCGGUCAGAUCCGCCGGCAGGACCUGCGCCCGCUGGCGCAACUGCACUACCUCUACCUGCAGAACAACAGCAUCUCGGCAGUGGAGCCGGGCUCGUUCCAGACGCAGGCGCAGCUCUUGGAGCUGGCGCUGGACGGGAACAGGAUCCACUCGGUGACGGCCGACACCUUUCGGGGACUGCGCCACCUGCGCAUUCUCUACCUGGCCGCCAACGACAUCGCACGUCUGCCGGACUUCACCUUCCGCGGCCUGCAGCGGCUGCAGGAGCUGCACCUGCAGCGCAACGGCGUGGAGACGGUGGGCGAGCAGGCCAUGGCCGGCCUGAGCUCGCUGGCGCUGCUGGACCUGAGCGGGAACCGCCUGCACACCUUGGCGGCCGCCGCGCUGCGCCCGCUGGUCAGCCUGCAGGUGCUGCGCGUCACCGAAAACCCGUGGCGCUGCGACUGCGCCCUGCACUGGCUGAGGACUUGGAUGGACGAGGAGGGCCGGCGGCUGCUCAGCUCGUCCGAGCGCCGGCGCCUGCGCUGCCGCGAGCCGCCGCGGCUCUCGCGGCUCGGCCUGGCGGAGGUGGCGCCCAACAGCCUGGUGUGCAUCCCGCCCCUGGUGCAACUGGAGCCCCGACGCGCGGCCGUGCGCCUGGGCGACAGUCUGCGCGUCUCCUGCCACGCCUCGGGAUACCCGCGCCCGCAGGUGACCUGGAGGAAGGCGUCUUGGGGCGAGGCCUCGCCGGCACCCCGAGGGCUGGUGCAGGACCUGGGAGGCGGCGCCCGCUUGCCAAAGAGCGACCAGGGCGCCUCGCACUUUGACCCCGACACGGGCAGCGGGAUGCUCUUCCUCAGCAACGUGACGGCGGCGCACGCCGGCCUCUACGAGUGCGAAGCCUGGAACGCGGGCGGCGCCGUGCGGCUCACCUUCCAGCUGGCCAUCAACUCCUCGUCCUCGUCCGGCCGGGCGCGGGCGCCGUCCCCCGACUCGCCGGCGCGGCCGCGCCCGAGGGGCGGCGAGGUGAGCCGCGAGCCGCUGUACGCGCUGGGCAGCGUGGCCUUCGGCGCGCUGGGCGCCGCCACGCAGACGGCCGUGGCCGCCGGGAUCUCGCUGCUGGCGCUCACCGCCCUGCUGCUGCUCGCCUUGAUCUACAGCCGACGUCUGCGAGGCGACAAAGACGCGCUCGCCGCGCACAAGGAGGAGAGCAGCAUCCUGUACGUGAACGACUACUCGGACGGGCCCACGACCUUCGCCCAGCUGGAGGAGUUCCGAGACGAGCGCGGCCACGAGAUGUUCGUCCUGAACCGCGCCAAACCCGUGUCGGCGCCGGCCCCGCCCGCCACCACCCCGGCGGCCCACCGCCGCACCCCGUCCGACGCCGGGGGCCGCUCGGGGUCUUCGGCGGCCGACCCGCCCGCGUCCCACGGCCCCGCGCUCCCCCCCGGCGAAGCCGACGGCGACGUUGGCACCGCGAGAAGAACGGCGGGCGAGGGCGGCGAGGCGGACGCGACGUCCGAGGGCGAGGGGGCAUUCGUCAACCGCGCCGGCUUGUUCGUGGAUUCUCGGAUGGGCUACGAGAUCCACUGCUGAACGGCGUCGGACCGAGCGGCAUUCUGGACUCGGCUCGUCUUCUGCCGCGCUCGCUUCUUCUUUGUACUUGGCAAGCGAGCGAGACAAAUCCCGUGGCAAAAAACUCGAGGGACACUCUUUGACUUUUGAACGGUGCAGCCGCUCAUUCGGUGCUCGUGUACGCACGAGUAUUACGGCCGCGCUGGAAAGAAAAUCUAAUGAAAUCGAUGCCACUAUGGUCGAGUGAACUUGGGUGACCUCGCACCUGAAAGGUCAGGUCGCGCGGCCCUGUCACGCAACUCGACGACAGCCUGGCUUCCUUUCGGGAAGGGGGCCCUUCUCGGCUCAGCGUGGAUCCACGUCCCUGGCCUUUUUUUUUUUUUCACUCAGCGAAGACUCAUUUGAGGGCAACAUUUCAAAUGGGGGGGUGGGGGCAUUUUGGACUCAAAAGGUAUGGUCUGGCGAGUGUCCGAGCAAAUGUGGUCGUGCUCGUUAGCAUGUAGCGCUUCUUGUUGUCUUCUUGUUUUCAUUUGGAGUGGGUGGGCCGCAACGACGUUUCCCAUGGUGAAACAUUUUGUGCCGGCCAAAGUUGUGCCAAUAAAACGGAGGGCGCUGCUCGCGUGCUCAUUCACUCUCCAUUUCACAAAGCAACACCCAAAAAUGACAAAUAAGAACGAGCAGAGACCUCCACCAAGGCCAAAAGGUGCCAACAGCAGCUACGCAGCUAACUGGUUGCCUUCCUGGGGGGGGAGCGAGCCUUCUCUGUUGCCGCCCCCCACCCUCUGGAACGUUCUAGCGCAACUGUACUGACCUCCAAUCCUUCAAACUCAGCUGUUGCGCAAUGCUUUGAGUAGCUUUUCAUCUCUUUCAGCCAUUUUUCUUUGUGUUCAUCUAAAUGUGCUUUUGUAAAUCAGGUCUGCU